GUUUCACGGGCAUCAACUGUGAGACAGAGAUAGAUGAGUGUGACACGCCCCAGGGGAACCCGUGUCGUAAUGGCGGGGUCUGUGAGGACCACAUCAAUAGGUUCAGCUGCUCCUGUCCUGCCGGCUUCGAGGGUCGGACGUGUGAGAUCAACAUUAACGAGUGUGAGGUGAGGCCUUGUCUCAAUGGAGGGUCCUGCCUGGACAACAUCAACAGCUACAUCUGCCAGUGUCAGAAAGGCUACAGCGGCACCAACUGCGAGGAGAACAAGGACGACUGCCAGGGGGUCACGUGUGAGAACGGGGGUCACUGCAUCGACGGCCUGGACGCCUACACGUGCAACUGUCAGCAGGGGUACACGGGCCGCCACUGUGAGGUGCGGGUCAACGAGUGCAACUCCAACCCCUGCCAGAACGGGGGCUCCUGCAACGACCAGAUCAACGGAUACGAGUGCAAGUGUCUGCGGGGCACCUC